AUGUCUUGGCAAGGUGAGCGUUCGAGCCGAAGCAUGGUCCACCUCGACAUUUGCCUGUGCGGGACUCCUCUCUUGUUCGUCACCCCGGGGACUCCGCGACACUUGGAUCGUCGGAGCUGCAGAAGAUACAGACAGCGCGCAGCCGCAGCCGCUGACACUUCACGCCACCCGCUUCUCCAUCACAGGAUACGUCGAUACCAAUUUGGUGGGCACUGGAAAUGUCACUGCAGCUGCUAUCUUGGGUCUGAAAGGAGGAGUGUGGGCCUCUAGCGCCGGAUUUACCGUGAGUCGGCCGGCCAGCUUAAACACUCUCAGCCAUCCAUUCCCUUGCUGCCACGUCUGACGCGUUUCGGUCAUCGCCACCUCAAACCUUCAGAUCACGCCUCAGGAACAACAAGCUAUCGUCAGUGGAUUCGAUGAUCCCUCACCACUCCAGGCUGGCGGCAUUCAUGCGGGUGGCAAGAAAUACUUCACCCUCAGCGCCAACCCCAGAAGCAUUUACGGAAAGCAGGGCGUGAGUCGAGGUGUCGGAGCAACUCAGAAAUCUCUUGUCUUGAAAGCUGCACCAUCGCAUCGCUUGGCUGCUUCGCGCUUCUAAGUGGCGGUGUAGAAGUCCGCUUGGGCGGCCAGAUUUUCUCCGUUUGAGGUUCGGCCUGCCGCGAUGAUCUGUUCUCGCUGGUCGCUUGGGCAGGAAUCGACAAGUCUGGACACGGACAAGCUUGGCUUGCGGAGGCGUCGCAGAAGGCAGCGCUUUGGUCGUGGCGCAGCGCACUCGUCGACUGUUGUCGAUGACAGGACCGCAAGUUUCCCAGGCUCUCGCGCCCGUACCUUGCUGGCGACCCUCGACCUGGUGGCGUCAGAAUUGCUGACAAGAGCUGCUUCCCCUCCUCGUGCUCUACGCCUGGCUCCACAAUAGGCCGGCGGCAUUAGUGAGUCACAGUUUGAUCUCGCCCAUGAUCGCCUCUCCACAAGUCCUGACCCCGUCGCGUCGAUUGCGCAACGAUAGUUCUGGUGAAGACAGCGCAGGCAGUCUUGGUGGGUCAAUACAACAGCCCCAUCGUCCCGGGUCAAGCUACCAAGGUGAGUCUGGUGCCACAUCGGCACUUUUCGCUCUCCUCUACAAUCGAUACCUGAGCCAUGGCAGACUGACAAGGAAUGUACUCCCUCAGGUCGUCGAGGGGUUGGCGGACUACCUGAUCCAGUCUGGCUUCUGA